UUCUGUUACUGCAGGGAGGAUGUGUGUCGCAAGUGUUUCACGCGUUCUUUUUUUCAGUUGAAGUCACACGAACUUCCUUUUUUACCUUCCUUGUAUUUGCGCGUUAAGAGACAGUCAGAGGAGUUGACAGCAAUUAUGUAUAUAGUAUACACAUUGGUUGCGAAAGAGAGGCGCGAACAUGUAGCCUACGCGUUGUGUUGAUAAAGGUCUAAACAUUUAUCCAGGAUGAACCGUUCCAGUAAAUCGUCAUCUGAAAAACAGAAAAGAACCUGGAUGAAGUAUGCAGUGUUAUGCUGACAACAAGAUGUAAGUCGAGACCGGUGAGCACAGUGGGAGAAACCAGAAUUGAAACCUGCGGUGCUUCAGUGAAGGCAGCCCCCGUCUGAUGGAGAGGUCGUCUUCUACAACCAGGCGUCAGGCCUGGUUCCAGACCGGUCGCCAGUGGCCUACCCUGAAAGAACAAGAUCCACAGGGACCUCCAUCCACCCAUCCGUCUGUUCCACACCAGUCUGCAUCAGAGGAUGACGUCUUCUCAGAUGGAUGCUCAGCAGGAAAGAUUGAGAGCUGGCUGCUGGGCUGUGGGCUGGAGACAGGCUCAGAAAACUCUAGUCAUAAUCUGACUGUUGAGUCUCUGCUGAAAUUGAACAGUUUUGAAGAUGACCUGAGUCUGGGGGCCGAGGCUACAGCAUUAAAUGUUGAGGAAGGAGUCUCAGAACUGGGGAGCUGCCCACUGCUGCUUCCGCCACCCAAGCAUCCUCACAGAGGAGUCACCACCAGUACUCCCCGCCAGAGGCUGGCUCUGCCCCUUCUCCACCUGGGGCACAGUAUGGCCUCCAGUGGGGUCUCCAAAAGCACCUGUAAAGCAUCAAGUGUGUCGGAGGCGCUGCAGAUGUGUGCGGAGGAUGCAGAGGAGACUCUGUACCAAUUAGGGUUUGGUUGUGAUGAGCCUGAGGUCACGGCCCGUAUCCCUACCCGCUUCAUCAACUUCCCCUCCCAUGCCCACGGCAUCAACCUCCGCCUCUUUCUCCAGUCCCAACUGAGCCGGCUCCGACAGGAGGACCCAGGACUCUCCCUGGCCAGUCGUUUCAGGCAGGUGGAGGUGCUGACAGCCAUGGCCAACGCCUUCUACUCCCUCUACUCCCACGUGUCCCGCACGCCCCUCCAGAAGCUCGCCCCUCCCGAGUUCAGCUUCUCUCCCACCGCCGACGGGCAGAUUGGACGGCGUUUCAUGGGAAGCGUCCGCAGCGAACCGAGGUCUCCAGUGGAGCGACUCAAGGACACGGUUUCUAAGAUGUGCCUGUAUACUGGCUCUGGGGGUUCCGCCCGGCUGGGCUCGGACUCUGCCUGCCCCAGACCAGGACUCUCCCCCGGGCCCGGGUCUGGGUCGGCCCCCAAGAAGAGAAGCAGCCUGCCUGACUUGAUGGGACUGGUCCUGGAGAACACCACGGCAGAGCCUGUAUCCAGAGACAUGGAGGAGGAUAAUCAGGAUACAGGGGACAGUAAUGAGACGAGUGCUGCUGUGGAAACGAGUGCUAUGGUAAAGGAUAGAGAGACAGAGACACAAGGAGACGUAGACAGGGAGGGGGAGCAGCGGUUGUUGUCCGAUGUACAGGAUAUGGACAAUGGUGAUAGUAAUGCGACAAGUGCUGUGGGCACACGUAUGGUCAGGGACAGAGAGGCAGAGACACCGGGACAUAGAGACACAGUCGGGGACAAGGAGUUGGAUCAGGGAUCAUCAUCAGAUAGGGCUGAUUUAGAGCGAGAUAGAGAUCCUGUCAGAACACCCAACCUUGGGGCAUCAUCACUUUCAGAAUCCGGUCAUCAAAGAGAGCCCAGUAGUAGGAAGAAGCUGAACUUUUGCCUUACUACUCCGAGUCCUACUUGUGAGGUUGGAGAAACUCAAAACACAAUUCAUCCCACAGGCUGGGCAAUGGUAGUGGCACCGGUCGCCAAGGUUACCCAUGACGUCACCCGUCCUCAGAUCGUUGAGAGUGUUCACCAGGCUCCGUACAGCAGUCAACUACAACAGUGGAAUAAUAACACACAGGCAGCGGCCAUUUUGUCAUCUGUUAUCUCCUCUGAGAACGUCAGAUCUGACCGAUCCUUCACCACAUCAGACAGACUGCACGAACCCAGGGAGGAGUGCUUAGCUACCAGUAACUCAGCCAAGAGUGUAGAGGUCGCAGUAACUCCCAUUUCAAAGGCUGAGUCUAAGGUUGAAUCCAAUUUGGGAGAAACUGGAACACUGGUGGUGUCAACGUUCGUGCCCAUAGAGCUCCCUAGUUGCAGGAAGUCCCCUUGUCUCAUCAUUGUUACUGAUGUGAUGCCUUCUAGUUCUUUAGACACAGAUGCACCCGAGAUGGUUCUCCCUCCCUGUGGUGGGACCACAGCGUUGCCUCCUGCAGCCCAGUGUUAUCCAGGUGUAUGGAGGAACAAGACGUACCUGAGUCCUCUGAAACCACCACCACUCCAGGGGCAAGGGCAGGUCUCCCACACUAUUCAACAGGCUAACUCCUUUGAGCUAGAGGAGGUACAUAGUGCAGGGGAGGAAGACUUUGGACAGCAAGAAACCAUAAGGUCAAUAUCUUUGUCACGGUCUGCUGUCAAUCAAAACAAAGGUCUGGUGAUUCGAGGGGACAGCAUGCAGUCAGACAGCAGUGGCUACGCUGAUGAAGACAUCCCCUGAUGAAGACGUCCCCUAACAGAGACGAGAGCUGACAGACUGACUGCCCCUACAGGGAACUCUUUAGAAUUAUUUAUUUGAAUGAGUCAAACAAACAUAUUUCAGCCACUGAAGGUAUAUAUUCAACAGAUAUGGAUUGUUUGAUUUAUGAAGAGGUUUGUUAAGUGUUAAUGACAUCAUGAAUCGGGUGGCGUCAUUCCGAAUACACCCACGUAACACCGGUGCUUUGACUGAGUGCAGCCAGUUGUCUUCCGUCGGAUAACGCAUUGCCCUGAAGGUAUAUUUAACACACAGGUCAAGUUGCAGCCUGACUUGAUGUGCAGGCAUUGCGUUGCAUCAACCAUAGCCUGUGGCGCACAGACUAUGCAGUCAAGUGGCGGUUAGCUGAUAUGUUAAAUACUUACCCAGGCGUCGUAAGAUCUGGCAGUGUAGUCGGACAGGAACUCAACCCUUCGGUUUGAUUGUGGAGACUGUCCUAUGUCCAUAGUGUUACUGUUGAUGACAAUCAAUCCAUGCACAAGAUGCUACUGCUGUUCCUUUGUGAAAGUUAUUUAUGGAUGUUUUAAAGAUAAAUGUUUUAAAAUUAAGAAUCAAUAUUAAAGUGACUUCAAUAAACAUUUAUCUGCA